AGUGCGGUAUCCGGGACGGGGCCGCGCCUUCCCGCCCUCGGUUGCCGCUUCCCGCAGGCGCCAUGGGCUGGGAGGAGAAGCAGGUCCGCGGGUACGGCGAAUUCGUGCAGACGGCGCAGCGCUACCACGGCCGGCCGAUCUUCGCGCUCUUCUGCGGCGACAAGGAUGCCGAGGGCCGGAGCUGGUGCCCGGACUGCGUGACUGCUGAACCAGUUGUGAGGAACGAACUUCAUAACAUGCCUGAUGAAUCAGUGUUCAUCUACUGUCUUGUUGGAGACAGAGCCUACUGGAAAGAUCCUAACAAUGAAUUCAGGAAGAAUCUGAAACUAACAGGAGUGCCUACACUACUUAAAUACGGAACACCUCAGAAGUUGGUUGAAGAAGAAUGUUUUAAAGCAGAUCUUGUGCGUAUGUUGUUUACUGAAGAUUAAAUCCUCCAGUAGUCAAUCAUU